CACCUCCACCUGGACCAAUACAAUGACGGCUUCGAAACUGCCACAUAGGAGUAUCAUCAAAACAGGCAUAUUUAUCCAGAAAUCCGGUACACAACACACAGAAUUCUUCCAGUAUGAUGACUAAUUCAUCGGUACGAAAACUUAUCUUUUCCACGAUGUCUUGGCAGAUUAUAUUUUUGAUCUUUACUACUGGGAUUACACUCAUAAAUGUUUCAAUGGCGCAUUCGUGCAAUAAAAAUCGGUUAUGCCAGCUACUGUGUUGCGGAGACGUACGUUUACCUGACGUCAGACUUGAAUGCGAUAAGAGCUGUAACGAAUGCAAAACGAACAAUUCGGUUGGUGACGUAUGUGAACGAAUGAAGCACAACGGUCAACUGCGCAAAUGCAAUUCGGAUUUUACAUGCGCGGUUAAUUGCAGACAAGAGUGUGACGUCGUAGAAAGAGAAGGUAAACAGGAAACACUGUUGCUUGUUCAAUGUGUUUAGGCUGUUAAUAGGUUAUUCUGGAAUCGGAUAAAGGUACUGCGGUUGACACUAGGCUGUAUCAAGCAACACUAAGAAUUAAUAGAUCAAACACAUAUGAAGAAGAAGAUAAUAUGCCUAAAUAAUGACGAUAAUGGUAAUGGUGUUGCAUGAUAAUGAAAAUGAAGAUGAUAAUGAUGAUGAUGAUGAUGAUGAUGAUGAUUAUGAUGUUGAUGAUGAUGAUGAUGAUGAUGAUGGUGGUGGUGGUGGUUCAAUAAACUGGCAACGUGUGACCUGGUCUAAUAGUUGUGGACCGCUGCACACAAAAAAAAGGCACCAUAAAAGUAAUUUUACAGAAUAGAAAUGUACAGAUUAAUGAAUCUAAGGGGACAUCAAUCUAUUAUUAUUUCAACAGCGAAUGGGUCUCUUUAAAUGUAUUGAAAGCAGACAAAAAAAAACUUAGCAUAGACAAAUGAAAACAUCUGAAAUCUGAUUGUCGAAUCAUUGAAAUAAUUCAAAAUACUUAUGACCAGUUACAAGAAGUCAAAUGCAAAAAAACAAUGGACUAAACAAAAUACCAACAUAAAAGAGGCUUUCAUUGAUGGAGCCAAUAAUAUUAACACAAACUAUAUAAAUAUACACACAAAGAUAUUAUUUCUGUUAUAAAAAACGGCCUUAAAGGAAUAAGUGAUAAAAUUAAUUUUUAAAACAAAAUAUCAGGCAUACAAAAAUAAAUAUGCCUAUAAACAAUUAGCUAUAUACAAUAAAUAAUAUUAUACAGUAAUAAUAUUCAACAGAUAGCAUGUCAUCAAUGUGAAAUUAUUUAUAGAAAAUUAUUCAAAUGAAGUAAAAAUGAUGAUGACUAGGAGAAAAAUAUAUUGACAUUGGAAGUCUAAUUAAUACCAAGUGUUAGUUUUAAGUUAAUGGUAAGUUAAUGGUUAC